AUGUCUCGAUUCCGGGAUGCUGCACUUUACGAGGAUAGUUUGCUCAGUACAACAGAUCGCAUCCUCCACUAUCUACUCCAACUGCCAGCAAAUUCUGCCGUAUCUGCGCCUGCAUCCGCUCUCCCAUGGUCAAUAGCGAAUGGUAAACGAGUACCGGGGACCUGCAGUGUGGAGAUGGUGCGACGCCGGCGACAUUCAACGUCAAGAUUCAGCAUGGCAGAUGCGACUCCUCCUACCUCCUUGCUCUGGCCGUCCAACCACAGCUCAAUCUCUCAACAGUCCGUGCUAGUGCGCAAUGCGCCAGCGGGAUUAUGCAGUGUUAUUGACAUCGUGAUGCGCAGAUGA